CCCUAACUCAGAGCACAUUGAACAAUGAAGAUUUUUCUGUGAAGCCUGAAAAUCUAAGCUAGAAGAUCUUUCCGUUCUUUCUUCUGUAACUGCUACCAAGUUGUAAUACCCACUUCUUCAGGUGCUAUGGCGUUUGCAUCUGAGCAGUUUUGGUGAUAGUCUCUUUAAGGCCUGCUCCUUUCUGAAGAGGAAGCAGAAUUACAGGUGGAAUUCAAAUAAACACCAAAAUGAAUAGCUGCUUCCUGAAACACUGGAUAUUGGUCAUUCUUCUCCUCUCGCCUUUCCUUAACGUUACAGAGAACUUCCAAGCUAGAAAGACUCAGAGAUCAGCAUCAUCUACUGGGAGAGCUAAGCGUGGCUGGGUGUGGAACCAAUUUGCUGUACCAGAGGAAAUGGAUACUAGACAACAUGUUGGAAGGCUAAUAUCUGAAUUAGACAAUGGAUAUCACACUUUCCAGUACAAGCUACUUGAAACUGGAGCUGGAAGUUUCAGCAUUGAUGAAAGAACAGGUGACAUAUUUGCUAUAAGGAAGCUCAAUAGAGAGGAGCAAUCUCUCUACAUCUUGAGAGCCCAGGUAAUAGACAGCACCACUGGAAAGGCUGUGGAACCCGAGUCUGAGUUUGUCAUCAGAGUUUUGGAUAUCAAUGAUAAUGAACCCAAAUUCCUAGAUGAACCUUAUGAGGCCACUGUACCAGAGAUGUCUCCAGAAGGAACAUUUGUCAUUAAGGUGACAGCCAAUGAUGCUGAUGACCCUACAACCGGCUAUCAUGCUCGAAUCCUGUACAACUUAGUACAAGGCCAACCAUAUUUUUCUGUUGAACCUACAACAGGAGUCAUAAGAAUAUCUUCUAAAAUGGAUAGAGAAUUACAAGAUACAUACUGUGUAAUUAUCCAAGCCAGAGACAUGCUUGGUCAGCCUGGAGCCUUGUCUGGAACAACAACUGUAUCAAUAAUACUGUCAGAUAUUAAUGACAACAAACCAAUAUUCAAAGAAAGUUUCUACCGAUUCACUGUAUUGGAAUCUGCACCCAGUGGAACAUCUAUUGGAAAAAUUAUGGCAUAUGAUGAUGACAUAGGAGAGAAUGCAGAAAUGGAAUAUAUCAUUGAAGAGGAUGAUUCACAAACAUUUGAUAUCAUCACUGAUAAUGAGACCCAAGAAGGUAUAAUUAUACUAAAAAAGAAAGUUGAUUUUGAGCACCAGAGCCACUAUGGCUUUAGAGUUAAAGUUAAAAAUUGUCAUGUGGAUGAGGAACUUGCAUCAGCCCAUGUAAAUUCCUCCUCAACGUAUAUUAAAGUUCAAGUGGAAGAUGAAGAUGAACCUCCAGUUUUCCUCUUACCGUAUUAUGUAUUUGGAAUUCCUGAAGAAAAGCCAUAUGGAUCAAUUGUUGGAAUAGUAUCUGCUAUAGAUAUGGAUAGAAAACAAUCUCCUAUAAGAUAUUCACUCACUGGAAGCAAAUUGUUCGAUAUCAAUGACAAUGGAACAAUAAUUACCACUAACGUGCUUGACAGGGAGGUCAGUGCUUGGUUCAACCUGAGUGUCCUAGCUACAGAAACAUACAAUGUCCAACAGAUUUCUUCAAUUCCUGUGUAUGUACAAGUUUUUAAUAUUAAUGAUCAUGCUCCUGAGUUCUAUCAAUACUAUGAGACUUAUGUUUGUGAAAAUGCUGAAUUUGGUGAGAUAAUUCAGACCAUAAGUGCAAUAGACAGAGAUGAAUCCAUUGAACAUCACCAUUUUUACUUCAAUCACUCUGUGGAAGACAGAAAUAAUUCAAGUUUUAUACUAAGAGACAAUCAAGAUAACACAGCUGUAAUUCUGACUAAUAGAAUGGGUUUUAGCCUUAAAGACGAGCCUGUCCUCUCCAUGAUCAUCUUAAUUUCUGAUAAUGGAAUCCCAUCUCUUACAAGCACAAACACCCUCACUAUACAAGUCUGUGACUGUGGAGAAAGUGCAAGCACAGAGAUGUGCACUAAAAGGGGACUUCUGCUAAUCAUGAGAUUCAAAACUGAAGUAAUAAUUGCUAUCCUGGUAUGCAUUAUGGUAAUAUUUGGGUUUAUUUUUUUGAUGCUGGCUUUGAAACAACGAAGAAAUCAAAUCCUAUUUCCAAAGAAAAGUGAAGAAUUUGGAGAGAAUAUAUUUUGCUAUGAUGAUGAAGGAGGUGGGGAAGAAGACUCAGAAGCCUUUGAUAUUUCAGAGUUGAGAAGCAGCAUAAUCAUGAGAGAAAGAAAGCCACGGAAAAGAAAGAGCAUGGAGAUCAGGAGCCUCUAUAGGCAGUCUCUGCUGGUGGGCCCAGAAAGUGCUAUAUUCCGACAAUUCAUUCUAGAGAAGUUGGAGGAAGCCAAUACCGAUCCAUGUGCUCCACCCUUUGACUCACUGCAAACUUUUGCUUUUGAGGGCACAGGAUCAUCAGCUGGCUCUCUGAGCUCCUUGGAAUCUAUAGUCACUGAUCAAGAAGAUAAUAUUGACUAUCUAAAUGAUUUGGGACCUCAUUUUAAAAGAUUGGCAUACAUGUUUGGUUCUGCAAUGCAGCUUAACAACUAAAGCUUCCCUAUACCAACAUGCAAGAAGAAUUAAAAUAUAUUUACAUGAAAUUACAAGCCUUUGGUAAAAUUUCAUUCUCUUACUUUCUGUCCAGGAGGAGCCCUUGUCUGUAGAAUUGGUAUUUUCAAGUACAUACUUGUGGUUAUUUCCAGUAAAACACAGAGUUUGAGAGGGGUAAAACCAAUCAUAUUUCACAUAUGACUGCAAGCCACCCCUGCUGAAUCACUAAGAAUCACUAGAAUUUUUUGAUGUAAUCCAACACAGACUCUCAACAAUGCAGAAGGGCAAAAUGAGAAAUGUAUCAAAUAAAGACAUCUGCAUAGUUUUUAAUCUAACCCUUCCUGUGUGAUGUAGCUAGCAAUGAUGCCUCUAUCAGUAUGAAAUUCCUGAUGUUGUGCAAAGAUCAAAUUUAUGAUCUUUGAGAAACUUGAGUGAUUUUAUAAAGAAUUAAAAAUAUUAUUUUACAUGUUAGAAGUUUUCUGAUUGAGAUUCUAUGAAUCAUUUUGUUUUGAAACUUUUGUCAAGUGUACCCUUUAGUAUUCUGGGUUUGACUAUCUAUUAAAUACAUGAAAUAAUGAGAGUUAUAAAGUAACUCACAUAAGUUCACUUAUUAUGAAUUUGAAUAACAAAUGGAAACAGAAAGCAUUCUUAGGGAUUUUUCAUAGAUUAAUUUCCUAGCAACUACAAAUACUUAUUCUUUCAUUGUAAAACUAAAAUAAACAAAUGAAUUUACUUGUCAUUAAAUUAUUGCUUUUGUAACGGGUGGAAAGUAUUAAAAAAAGUUCAAGUAUACUUUGGUUUAUUUAGAAACUGUGAUAGCCAUAUAAUUGCAAUACUGAAUUCAAAUUUGAAUUACUAUUUACCACAAAUGUUACAAUCACCUGCACUGAAUUUCACUAUUCAUAUAAGUAAAACAUGAUAUCUGUCUUUGUAUUUCUUAUCCUGUUAGGAGAUUAGCAUGUGAAUGAUCACUCAGUACCCUCAUAUACAAUGGAGUCUUCUCUUUAUAGUAUUAUGGAGGAGUAAAUGAUUAGCUGUCAGACAUGACUUUAGGGUAAAUAAAACAUAAAAUGUGAUAAUUUAAUGUACUUUUCAAAAAUGUUUCUUAUAAUGUCAAAAUCAUAAUGGAGUCAAAAUUGGUAUUUGAAUAGGAAUUAAUGCAGUGAGUA